CAACGGUUUUGAAAUGUUGAUGUAAACAUAACCUCUAAAUCGUAGUUUAUGUUCGAACAUGAAUAACUAUAAAUUAUUAGGUCGUGCCGGUGAAGGUGCUCAUGGAUUUGUUUUCAAAGGCAAAGACCUGAGAAAUGAAUCGAUCGUAGCGUUGAAAAAGAUUACGGUUAACCCAAAUUUGGGUAUCCCAAAAAGUGUAAUGAGAGAAAUAUGUGCCUUGCGGGUACUGAAAUACAAAAAUAUUGUGAAACUAUUUGAAGUUAGCUGUGUUGGAAGCUCUGUUGUUCUAGUCAUGGAGUAUUUGCCUUGGUCUUUAGCCGAUCUGCUGAAAACUCAUGAAAUCAAUCUGAGUCUCGCCCAAAUCAAAAGUUACACUAGAAUGGUAUUGAAUGGAGUAAACUUCAUGCACCACAAUCAUAUCAUGCACAGGGACUUGAAACCGGCUAAUUUGCUGAUAAGUCGGAAAGGUAUUCUAAAAAUUGCAGAUUUUGGACUUGCCAGAAUCUACGAUAUGGACAAAUCUAGACUUUAUUCACAUCAAGUAGCUACCAGGUGGUAUAGAGCACCUGAACUUCUUUAUGGGUCAAGAUCUUAUACUCUUUCAGUAGAUAUAUGGUCAGUGGGAUGUAUAAUUGCCGAAAUGAUCAGCAGACAACCUCUAUUUCCGGGAGAAACAGACAUUGAACAAUUAGCAAUCGUUCUGAGUACUCUGGGCACCCCUAAUGAAAGAGUCUGGCCAGGGCUCACUCAGUUGCCAGAUUAUAAUAAGAUAGCAUUUUCACCAAGUGUUCCUAAAAGUUGGAGCAUAAUUCUGCCAAUGGCUGAUGAUGCCACAUUACAGCUCAUCAGUAAAAUGCUGAUUUAUGAUUAUUCCCGAAUUAACCAGGUAUUCGUCUGA